UGAGUUACAGUACAGACAGGUUACACCUGGACACUACAUGACUGAGUUACAGUACAGACAGGUUACACCUGGACACUACAUGACUGAGUUACAGUACAGACAGGUUACACCUGGACACUACAUGACUGAGUUACAGUACAGACAGGUUACACCUGGACACUACAUGACUGAGUUACAGUACAGACAGGUUACACCUGGACACAUCAUGACUGAGUUACAGUACAGACAGGUUACACCUGGACACUACAUGACUGAGUUACAGUACAGACAGGUUACACCUGGACACUACAUGACUGAGUUACAGUACAGACAGGUUACACCUGGACACUACAUGACUGAGUUACAGUACAGACAGGUUACACCUGGACACUACAUGACUGAGUUACAGUACAGACAGGUUACACCUGGACACUACAUGACUGAGUUACAGUACAGACAGGUUACACCUGGACACUACAUGACUGAGUUACAGUACAGACAGGUUACACCUGGACACUACAUGACUGAGUUACAGUACAGACAGGUUACACCUGGACACUACAUGACUGAGUUACAGUACAGACAGGUUACACCUGGACACUACAUGACUGAGUUACAGUACAGACAGGUUACACCUGGACACAUCAUGACUGAGUUACAGUACAGACAGGUUACACCUGGACACUACAUGACUGAGUUACGGUACAGACAGGUUACACCUGGACACUACAUGACUGAGUUACAGUACAGACAGGUUACACCUGGACACUACAUGACUGAGUUACAGUACAGACAGGUUACACCUGGACACUACAUGACUGAGUUACAGUACAGACAGGUUACACCUGGACACUACAUGACUGAGUUACAGUACAGACAGGUUACACCUGGACACUACAUGACUGAGUUACGGUACAGACAGGUUACACCUGGACACUACAUGACUGAGUUACAGUACAGACAGGUUACACCUGGACACAUCAUGACUGAGUUACAUCCCAAAUGGCCAGGUAAACACUGUUCCCUUGAUAGUGCGCUACUGUUGACCAGAUUGCUAUGGGUUAGUCCUACGGGUCCUGGUCUAUGGGUUAGUCCUACGGGUCCUGGUCUAUGGGUUAGUCCUACGGGUCCUGGUCUAUGGGUUAGUCCUACGGGUCCUGGUCUAUGGGUUAGUCCUACGGGUCCUGGUCUAUGGGUUAGUCCUACGGGUCCUGGUCUAUGGGUUAGUCCUACGGGUCCUGGUCUAUGGGUUAGUCCUACGGGUCCUGGUCUAUGGGUUAGUCCUACGGGUCCUGGUCUAUGGGUUAGUCCUACGGGUCCUGGUCUAUGGGUUAGUCCUACAGGUCCUGGUCUAUGGGUUAGUCCUACGGGUCCUGGUCUAUGGGUUAGUCCUACGGGUCCUGGUCUAUGGGUUAGUCCUACGGGUCCUGGUCUAUGGGUUAGUCCUACGGGUCCUGGUCUAUGGGUUAGUCCUACGGGUCCUGGUCUAUGGGUUAGUCCUACGGGUCCUGGUCUAUGGGUUAGUCCUACGGGUCCUGGUCUAUGGGUUAGUCCUACGGGUCCUGGUCUAUGGGUUAGUCCUACGGGCCCUGGUCUAUGGGUUUGUCCUACGGGCCCUGGUCUAUGGGUUAGUCCUACGGGCCCUGGUCUAUGGGUUAGUCCUACGGGUCCUGGUCUAUGGGUUAGUCCUACGGGUCCUGGUCUAUGGGUUAGUCCUACGGGCCCUGGUCUAUGGCUUAGUCCUACGGGUCCUGGUCUAUGGGUUAGUCCUACGGGUCCUGGUCUAUGGGUUAGUCCUACAGGUCCUGGUCUAUGGGUUAGUCCUACGGGCCCUGGUCUAUGGGUUUGUCCUACGGGCCCUGGUCUAUGGGUUAGUCCUACGGGUCCUGGUCUAUGGGUUAGUCCUAUAGGUCCUGGUCUAUGGGUUAGUCCUACGGGUCCUGGUCUAUGGGUUAGUCCUACGGGUCCUGGUCUAUGGGUUAGUCCUACGGGUCCUGGUCUAUGGGUUAGUCCUACGGGUCCUGGUCUAUGGGUUAGUCCUACGGGUCCUGGUCUAUGGGUUAGUCCUACAGGUCCUGGUCUAUGGGUUAGUCCUACGGGUCCUGGUCUAUGGGUUAGUCCUGUAUUGGAAAUGUAGUGCUAUUUUGGUCCCGUUCCAAGAACCACCCCAAACUCCCUCCCUCCCUCCCUACCCCCCUCCACACAGUUAGUCAGUAGCUAGCCUGAGGGGCCUUAUCGUUAAGUAAACAGCCCCCAGAGAGCAAACAGCAGCCGUUACCGCGGUUACCAGCGCUACUUCACGAUAAUAUGAUAGGUAAGGUUUGUGUGUUUUAUUGACAGAAAGAUGUUUCUCCCCAAGGCUGGAUUGAUCUUGGUUCAAAGCAGUGUGAACUGAUCACAGGGUUGAUGUUGGUUUGAUGAGGUGAUCUGAUGAACUGAUCACAGGGUUGAUGUUGGUUUGAUGAGGUGAUCUGAUGAACUGAUCACAGGGUUGAUGUUGGUUUGAUGAGGUGAUCUGAUGAACUGAUCACAGGGUUGAUGUUGGUUUGAUGAGGUGAACUGAUCUCAGGGUUGAUGUUGGUUUGAUGAGGUGAUCUGAUGAACUGAUCACAGGGUUGAUGUUGGUUUGAUGAGGUGAUCUGAUGAACUGAUCACAGGGUUGAUGUUGGUUUGAUGAGGUGAUCUGAUGAACUGAUCACAGGGUUGAUGUUGGUUUGAUGAGGUGAUCUGAUGAACUGAUCACAGGGUUGAUGUUGGUUUGAUGAGGUGAUCUGAUGAACUGAUCACAGGGUUGAUGUUGGUUUGAUGAGGUGAUCUGAUGAACUGAUCACAGGGUUGAUGUUGGUUUGAUGAGGUGAUCUGAUGAACUGAUCACAGGGUUGAUGUUGGUUUGAUGAGGUGAUCUGAUGAACUGAUCACAGGGUUGAUGGUGAUCUGAUGAGGUGAUCUGAUGAACUGAUCACAGGGUUGAUGUUGGUUUGAUGAGGUGAUCUGGUGAACUGAUCACAGGGUUGAUGUUGGUUUGAUGAGGUGAUCUGAUGAACUGAUCACAGGGUUGAUGUUGGUUUGAUGAGGUGAUCUGAUGAACUGAUCACAGGGUUGAUGUUGGUUUGAUGAGGUGAUCUGAUGAACUGAUCACAGGGUUGAUGUUGGUUUGAUGAGGUGAUCUGAUGAACUGAUCACAGGGUUGAUGUUGGUUUGAUGAGGUGAUCUGAUGAACUGAUCACAGGGUUGAUGUUGGUUUGAUGAGGUGAUCUGAUGAACUGAUCACAGGGUUGAUGUUGGUUUGAUGCUGUGAUCUGAUGAACUGAUCACAGGGUUGAUGUUGGUUUGAUGAGGUGAUCUGAUGAACUGAUCACAGGGUUGAUGUUGGUUUGAUGAGGUGAUCUGAUGAACUGAUCACAGGGUUGAUGUUGGUUUGAUGAGGUGAUCUGAUGAACUGAUCACAGGGUUGAUGUUGGUUUGAUGAGGUGAUCUGAUGAACUGAUCACAGGGUUGAUGUUGGUUUGAUGAGGUGAUCUGAUGAACUGAACACAGGGUUGAUGUUGGUUUGAUGAGGUGAUCUGAUGAACUGACAGUCUGUCUGUUUCCUCUUCCUCCCUCAGACGGAGUCCACAAAGGAUCCCAGAGGUCGACGCAUCUGACCUCAAAAACCCCACAUCUUUCUUCUCCCGGGGUUGCAAAAUUCCAGAGACUUUCCCAGUUUUUUUUCCCAGAAAUCCCUGUUUUGGAGGAUUCCACGUCCUUAUUUGUUCCCUCCUGAUUCCACAGAAUCUUUCAACUGUGGAUUUCUGAGAAACUGACUUUUGGGAAAGUUAGUGGGAGGCCUUUUUUUUUUUUUUGCAGGCCUUCUCUCCUCUUCACCAAAAUACACGAUGACCGACUCUUCCUCUUGUGUCCACUUUGUAUCUCUACAUCAAGAAGUGUGAAACAUUCAGGAAAAGGGCUUGUCGCUCGAAAAGAGGCUGACGACGAGGACUCUUAGAGAACAGACUUUGUGAAGCGCACAGCCGCUGAACACGGGGAAGAUUUGUAAAAUAGUUUAUUAUUAGACAAAUAAAAACACUGCUCCUGUA